GUUCAUUGUACCUGAAUGCAGCAUGCACUCUUCUGCAGUGGCAUUGAUGCUCUGUGCACUUUUCCACCGUCGUGGCAUAUAAUAACCUAUUCCUACUAGAACUAUGAUACUUUUUAUAUUUGCCUAGUGCUGUUUUGCUCUUGAACAUUUCCACACUCGUCGUUUUGUCUUGAAUUCAGUCAAACAGUAACAGUGGCCAGGAUGAAUUGUGCGACCCACGUCAUUCAGGUGACAAAUGUCUCCCCGAGUACAACCUCCGAACAAAUGAGGACUCUGUUUGGAUUUGUAGGAAACAUAGAAGAACUCAAACUCUUUCCUCCUGAUGACUCACCCUUGCCUGUGACCUCACGUGUCUGUUUUGUAAAGUUCCUCGAGUCCGAGUCGGUGGGGGUUGCUCAGCACUUGACCAACACCGUCUUCGUGGAUCGGGCCUUGAUCGUGGUGCCGUUCGCAGAAGGAGUCAUUCCUGAUGAAUCCAAAGCCAUGUCGCUGCUGGCUCCGGCCAACGCUGUGGCGGGAAUGAUGCCCGGAGCUGGCCUUCUCCCAACACCCAACCCUCUGGCUUCUAUGGGAGCACCACCCUUUGGAGGUCUGGGAGCCCCCAGCCUGGAGCAGAUGGCUGCGAUGGGAAUGCCAGGAGCGAACAUGAACCCCCAGGCUCUUUCUGCAGACUUCCUGAAGCUCAUGCAGUCGAUGGAUCCAAAGUUGAAUCCAUUAGCAGCCGGACUGAAUCUCGACCCCAGCUUGAAGAGCGGCGACUCCAACAAGGAAAUUGAAGAGGCCAUGAAGCGAGUGCGAGAGGCCCAGUCCCUCAUUUCCGCUGCCAUUGAACCAGGAAGUAAGAAAGACGACAAACGCAAACGCUCCCCGUCCCGCUCACGAUCACGCCGCCGACGCUCCAGAUCUCGCUCCAGACACCGGCGAUCCAAGAGCAGGUCUCGGCGGAGGUCCCAUUCAAGGAACAGGAGGAGGUCCAAGAGCCCACGCAGGAGGAGGUCCCACUCUCCGGACAGCAGAUCCAGAAAGAAGGAGGACAAGUCCAAGAAAAGGUCAAGGACCCCACCCAAGAGCUACAGCACUGCAAGGAGGUCCCGCAGCAUCAACCGCCGGCAGAGGCGGAGUACAUCCCGGUCUCCUAAAAGACGUCUGAGCAGGUCUCCAUCACCCAGACGGCACAAGAAGGAGAAAAAGAAGGACAAGGAUCGCGGCAAGGAGCGCGAUCGAGACAGGAAGCAAAGCCGAGACGAGGGAGAACGCUCGGCCGGUGGCAAGAAGGCGAGCAAAGCCAAAGAGCGAGACGGCGACGGCGAGAAAGGCGACGUGAAGGUGACGCGGGAUUACGACGAAGAGGAGCAAGGCUACGCCAGCGGAAAAGACGACGACGAGUGCGGGGGGAGCGACUCGGACUCGGCCUCGUCGCCCAAAGGCCUGGAGGAGACGGAGACACCAGAGGACCACUCCCCCAAAAAGUCAAAAGCCAAUGGAGACGAUCGCUAUCAGGAAGACAUGGAAAUGAGCGACUAGAAUCCUCAUUUUCAACCUUUAUGCAGUUUUAUUUGACAUGCGACUAGAAUAUUGUAUUAUAUAACUCACUGCAUCAAUGUCAUGAAAUGUUCAUUAUAACAAUUGUCUGACGUGAUAUCUGUACCCUUCUUGCAUUAUAAACCACAUAACAUUUACCAUCCUGCAUUCUGUUUACU